AGAAGACCAUGAGGUAGCUAUAAGUGUUGAGAGUUCAAUCAGAGCGAUGAAUGAGAUUGAAGAGAAAUCUUCUUGCAGAAAAUUAAGCACAGCAAAGGAUUACAGAGAAGAGAAAUUGUUUUGCAAAAAGUCAAGGAAGAAUCCAUUAGAGCAGUCAAUGGCUUGUAAUGCACAAUCACCAAGUAAGAAAGUAAGGAAGACACCACCUAAAGGUGUGGAUGCACUUUCAUGCCCUUCCAAAAAGUUGAAAAAAGCAAACUCUGUCAAACCCUUGUCUUGCCAAGCAUGUCAUGCAGAGUUGACGCCAAUCAAGACUAUAAACCAAGAAAUACAAACCAAUUGCUCAACCGAUCUCCGAACUAAUGUUGAUCCUAGUCCACAAGAUGCUUUACUGGAGAAUAAAGUGACAGGCUACAUGGAGAAAAGGGAAAGACAGAUGAGUUCUAAAGUUACAAGCCAGUGGGUUCCAGUGAGGUAG